AUGAGGAUACAGAAUCAACUACCCGCAAGGACGCACACUAGCAGCAACUGGACUCGGUGGCAAUGGCCUAUUCGCCUCGUCGGCGUUGUCCUUGGAGAGGCCGAGCCGGAUAUAACAGGGCCUUCGUCUAAGUGCACCAGUUUCGUGGAGCAGGCGUUGGCGAUCGUCCUCUUCUCUAUACUACUUAUUUUCCUGCUGAGGAAGCUCUCAGUUGGAUACAGGCUUGAAUUGACGUGGCAACGCUUCCUUGGUAACGUGGCGGAUGUGAUAGCGGCGGACGAAGUGCAAGUUUCUCAGCUUCAACACCUAAUUCGUUCCGAGCUCUCUUCUCCCGGGCUCUGCGGUCGGCUUGGCUCUCGUCACACUUCUGAACUAUUUCGAACACUGCAGCUGCGGCCGGACAAGAUCAUGCUACAGGUACCCGCGGAGAAGGCCAAGUAUCGCGAGAAGGAUAUCAAGCGUCUGUGA